AUCAGCGAACUUGGAGAGUACCAGCAAAAAUAUUCUCACAUCCAGAAACAAAGUAAUUUUGUAAACAGGUUUAUUAUUGUGUGGCAUUCAUUUUGUUAAAACAGUCAAUUAAAAUACAUAAUAUUCGGCGCUGUAAGCAAUGGGCAAGAAGCACAAAAAGCAUCACAAAUCUGACAAGAACCCUGCUGACGUUUCAGUUACAAGGGAUUUGAGAGCGGAACCCCCACUGAAACUUGUUCUGAAAGUUGGAGGCAAGUCACAAGACCCAAAAGCUGGGAAGUUUGACAUAUGCGUGAGUAAGCCAGAGGUCAGCUCGCGUCAUGUGACCCCGGACGACCACCGAGAUCACGUGACCAAGUCCGAGUCCCACCAGAAGAAGAAGAAGAAGAAGAGGAAGUGGCAUGAGGUUCAGAACGAUAACUCAGAGCAAGAGAAGGAUGCGGUGGAGAUGGAGAGCAGUCAGGAGGAGCAGCCCAUGGAGACGGACGAACAAGAAGAGGACUACAAACUCAAACAGUUGCUGACUAGCAAGAAAAAAUCCUCCAAAAAGCAGCGCUACCACGAAGACGAUUCUUCUGAAAGGGCUGAGGAAACACUGGAGCAGAGCUCGGUGGCCAGUGAUAGGACGACUCAAGACCAAGGCAUAGAGUCACAGACACAGACACCAAGCUUCAGAGAGAAAGAAAACAUUGAGGCAAUGAAAGGCCCGUUGAAGAAACUUCUUGAAUGUCUCCAAAAGACUAUACAAAGGAAAGAUGUGGAUCAGUUCUUUGCCUGGCCUGUCAAUGAUGUCAUCGCACCAGGCUAUUCCAGUAUCAUUCUGCACCCGAUGGACUUCAGCACUAUGAAAAGGAAAAUAGAUGUCAGUGAAUAUACAAGCAUUGAGGAAUAUAAGUCGGAUUUCUUGCUGAUGUGUGAGAAUGCGACCAUAUACAACCGGCCAGAGACCAUCUACUACAAAGCUGCCAAGAGAUUGCAAGCUGUGGGUCUCAAGUGCAUGAACAAGGAGAAAGUAUCCAUCUUGAAGCGUACAUUUGGUUACCACGAUGGCAGUGAUAUCAGCAAGUCUCGGACUAAGGCCAGUAAGAGAUUGCCACAGAGUGACGUGGAUGCGUCCACUGAAGACUCUAGUAUGAUGGAUGUACUAGAUUCGGAGGACAGUAACAUACCACCAACAAUCGGGUCCGCAAGUGUCGCCGAUGGCAUUGAGGAAGAAUCCCCGGAAGAGAUCAUUGAGCAAGCACUGCAAGCUGCCAAAGAUGCAAGGGAUCGUCUGUCAGCCAGGUGCCCCAACUCAAAGCUUGGCUUUCUGAGGCGAGACAAGACGGGGACCACCACCCUGGCCAUCUUGAAUCCCAGCCAGUCCGGAGCGGAGGAGAACAAGCAGGUCAACCUUGGGAUGUUGACGGGCAGGCUGGCCCAGGGAACGGGCUCGCUACCGGGCUUCAGAGAGGAUAAACGCAACAAAGCCAUCCCAGUAACCUACAUGGCGCACGGACCGUUCAGCUCAUAUGGCCCCCAGUACGACUCCUCCUUUGCCAACAUCAGCAAAGAGGAUUCCGAUUUGUUGUAUUCAACCUACGGGGAUGAUGCUGGUGUACAAUAUGCGCAGAGUAUAAGGGAGUAUGUUGAAGACUGUGACGACUAUGUCAUGAAGCUUGUUGAUAACCUUCUAGAUACAUUGACUAAAGGCCAACAUUCAAAAACAGUGGCUACAUUAAAAAAGAAUAGCGACAAGGACUCGGAGAAAGGCAACUCUGCGGACGGCACCAGUCACCCAGGCGUCAGUGCGAGCGAGUCGGCUGGUUCUCAAGAUGCAAUCAAGAAGGAAGAAGGAGAGGAUGCCACCGUACCCGCCAUCCAGUUUGACUCUCUCCGGACGCUCUCUGAGCUGGGCAUUGACGUGUCGUUUCUCCCAGCAUUUGAGAAACUCAUGGGCAGCGACGCGGACGCAGCGGCCGCAAACGACUCGGCCGAAAUUGACAGUAAACUGAAGAGCACCAGUGAUUUGAUCGGUGACCUGGAGAAGACACAGUCAGCGAGGCUAAGCCAGAAGACUCCAAACCAUCUGCAGUUCAUCCCCAAACCCUCCGAGCAAGAGAGUAGCAUCGCUGAGAAACUGACCCAGCAGUUACUGCAGCUCACUGCAAAGAUCAAACCUUCGGAUAUAGUGUCGGCCGGAGCAGCCCAGACCGCCAUGGGCAUCACGCCCGACGUCCAUGCCGAAUUAGUUGAUGAAGUACAGGUACUAGACAAGGUUGAAUCACCUUCAUCAUCCUCCGCUGUACAGGAGAAUCUUGUCGCAUGAUAACAGUACAGUGGUGCGUUGCCGGCUGAAAUUGAAACUACUCAAGACUGUCAAAUGUAAAUAGCGCCCUCAUU